AUGGGCUUCCCAUCCCUGGGCUCAAGAAAAUGGGAGCUGCCGACAGGGACAAUGAACACCACUCUCGUCAUUGGCCUCGCCUACAUCUUCCUUGCCUACGUCGUGCACCCGACCACGAAAUACGCAUACCUCAGGGUACGCGCCUACCGCGCGUGGCGACGCAUCGAGGAGGGAGAGAGGGUCGACGUUACCGACUAUCCCACGUGGAUGGAACUGCUUGGGGGUUGUGCUAGGAGGGACACCGCUCGCGUCGUGGCUCUGCUGCUCCUGCUGUUCGCGCUGGCUUUGUGGUAUUUGGAGCUGUCGAUCGAUUGGUUUCCCGUGUCGGUCCCAGCAUACAGUCAAACCCUGCCGCCUCCGGUUUUCCAGUGGUCUGCAGGCAAUUCUACCCCGACCCCUUGGCACGUUUUGAGCCUAAACGAAAUCGCCCCCGAGUACGAAGGGGACUGGUUGAACCAGCCGAAUGUCUUCGAAACGGUGGCUAAGUCGAGGUACUACGUGAAAGAAUACAAGAACUACCCGUGGAGCGAACCGAAGGACAGGUACAUCAACGGCGAUAUCAUCGUCGCCAAUUGGUCGCGGAAUACAAAGCCGGAUAAUCUGGUCUACGGGGAAAACGCCACUGUGAUGGUAGACGGCAUCACGUGCUCGUCGGGAGGUAAGGCGCAAACCUUCACCGAUGAUCCCAUCCCAGUCACCCUCAACAGAACCAACGGCAUCGAAGAAUGGGGCACCGUUCUGGAAUGUGACCAAGGGCCUGCGGUUGUCGAAGUCAUUGGCAACAGCAAACCCUCGAUCAUUCUCACCGAGCGCGAGACGGGAGACACGCACGUAAUCGUAGAGGAGACCAGCAGCGAACCCAGCUUCCUCUACUCCGUCUGGAACGCCACCGGGGCUUCUAUCACCGCUGCUGCCGGAAACUCCUCCGUCGAGAUCGCCUACGCCUUCCACAUCUCGUCCACUGUACGGCUUGCCGAGGCAGUGGUCACUGCGAUCGUAAACGGCGUGGCCGGCGAUGGCGGUGGCGCUUGUUUCGGCCUCCUCCGAGCGUACAAUAGGGGCCCUUAUGAUACAAGGGAUUUUUCUGCCCUCUAUGGCAAGCAAAAGGCGAGGCCGUUCGGUGAGGACCCCGUGUCCCACUACAUCUAUUCCUUGAAGGACAUUGAGAACAUCAUCAUCGGGGUUGAGAUGAACACCAAUGGGAUGGUGGCCUUUGCUUUGGUGAUAGGCCUGAGCUUCAUCGGCAUUGCGCUGACCCUCUUCUUAUGUCCAAAAUACGAGAUGGACAUCUACAACAGGGACGAGCUGCUCCGCGCGACCAACCUGCAGGCGCAGGGCUUACCCGAUGAUCCGUCAAGGCAUUCCGCGAUGCGCAUCGAGGUCCAAAGGGAAGAUCGAAGCAGACACUUGACCAUUACUAUCAGCGAGUCCGACAGCGAACGGAGCGGCUGCGCGCGCUUCCUCUUGAGGCGAGGGCCCGAGGUGACCGAUGACCCCGUGCCGGCCACGGAUAACACCCCCAACGGACGUGACGGGGUCCCCUUCCCGAGGGGGCCGGCCCAUAUGUACCUCGGUGGAGUUUUGACGCGGUUGUGCAAGACCAUUCCCCGCUCAAGGAACCGCGCCAUCAACCCAGAGCCUUUGGCCCCAGCCAUGGUCCUGACCGCCUCGCCGGUGCCGUCCAACGCCGGGUCUAGGAUGGUAUCACCGACACACCCAACCGCCGAAGGAUCGUCGGCGUCUACGGCCGCGACACCGACGUUUUUGUCCGAGCCUGGACGGGGCUCCUCACGUUUCCCCGACGCGUCGCUCCUGUUCCGCAGCUUGAGCUCGGACGACGGGAAAACCGGCUACGCCGAUGAUGAUGAGGAGGAGGAUGCCGACAUCGAGAUGGGUAUGUAUCGGGCCCCUCGAGGUUCAAGGUCCCGUGCCUCUCCAGGCCAGCCCGUCCAUGGACCGCCCGGGCGUGGCUCUCCAUCGCAAUGGUUCGCCAGCCCUAAAUGGAUCGCCGACGCGGGCGACGGUGACGAAACCGGGGGCGGGUGUGGCGGAGCCACCGGAGCAACGGGUGAAUACCCAUUUCGUGUCCCUUCGGACACGAUUUCGCUUCCGGUGAGCCCGGGUACCCGUCCCAGUCGCCCAAGCGAGGUUUAGCGAAGAUGGAUAGUCGCUCUCACCUCUGCUGAUGAAAACGACGAAGACGGGGUUCGAGGGAACAGACGAGGCAUGGGAAUGCUCCCUUGCCACCGGUGUGUCAUUUCGGUGUGGCCGGAGGCAGUGCCAGAACAGCAUCGCCUUUCGGGCAGCGGGCGGAAAACCUUGCUUGGGGGCAAAAAAUGUUAUAUCUAGGUAUGGGUGCUUGGUUGGGUUGACCUGCAAUCAUGUUUUUCCCGGGGCGGCACAGACAACGACAAGUGAUUUUGUGCUGAAGUAUAUCCUCGUAUGGGUCGUUAACCUUACGUGUUUUGGUUUAUUUCGGGCGCAUGGGUUAAUUAUGUGUACGAUCGACAUGGUAUUACCCGUUUAUCUGUCUGAUGAAGAACAGGCGUAAUGAGGAGCGCAUGUACUCAGGGCUAUGCCGCAGAGGAACGGAGGGGUGGGCAUUCAUGCAAAUUUGUUAAUUGAAUAUUUUUGAGAGUUUUUGUAUACUGUGGCAGAAAAUGUAUAGUGGGGGGGACACGCGUUCCGAAUUCUGUGGGGGCGCACCUUGAGUAUGACCCCCCGUUGUUCAACAUGUAUGUGUGUUCAGUACCCAUCUGAUGGGUCGAUGCAAGCGGUAUGUCUACGGAUAGAUAGUGUUAGGUGGUGCUGGAACUCGGAGUUAUUUCGUGAACGGAUGCCUGCUUCGAGCACAAGAAUUUCGAUGGGACAUUCAGCCUUUGAGAGCUGGCGGGAGGGCUUGAAGAUGUCCCCGACCGCAAGGAUGAUAUUUCGGUCUGUCCUAGCUUGUGCAAUUUCACGACGGUGAAGCUUCGCCGCAUUCCGGUACUGUUGUGCUUGAAUUGUCCUUUCGAUGAUUGUUCGUACCGACUGGCACCAGACCAGGUCACCUAUGGAUUGAAACGGGUCUCCGUCUAAGUCGCAGUGGGGAGCAGUGGGGAUCUAGGCUAGAAGGCUUCGAGGUGCUAGCGAUGCACGAGAAGCCUUUUUCGAUAGCAACGCGACUAGUCGGUGCACAGCCGGUAGACGUCAAAAGUAUAUUCACAUAGAGAGUAAAGUAGGUGAUGAUAAUGAUGGUGUUUCUAGCAGGCGUCAUUGCCUGAACACGCGUUCGGUUGGAAGGCUACCGGUGGGGUUGAUACUAGAGGCACAGACAGUAUUUCGAUAAUUAAUUUCGUGCAUCAGUCCAGCAACAAGGUGUAGGAAAGGGUUAAAUUCAAAUUUGUACUGCAGUGUUUAGUGUACGCCGUGUGCGUCGUGUCAUGCAGCGGGAGACGCACGGGGCUCUGAGUGUUUUGCUCAAGCCCCCUAGAGCAACGGCACCUUCUGGGUGCGAAAAUGGUUGAAAUUCUCUCGCUGUGGAAAACUGGUGGAUGGGAGGAUAUAUCCUAUGAUGGCCGUCGACUGUUGAUGCCGUUGAGCAAAAUUGUCUUCCGAGGUUGUCAUUCGACUUUUUACGGAGACUUUUCACUUGAUGCUGUAGUAUUUUUGGGCGUUUUUUUUUUUUCUUUGUCGGGGUACAUGCUCAGUAAUGUUUCAUCGAUUCCUGAUUCUUGUUCGUCUGAAUCUGCGACCAAUAAAACUCGUUGUAGACUACUUCCAUCAGUAUCGGGUACACCAAUAAGUUCAGCUGCGCUUGCUAUCGAGAUUUUUCCACUCUGAAACAAAACGUUGAAACAAAAAAGU